AUGCCACCUCUUUCGAUCCUGCAAUUCCAAAACGACUUGCCAUCCCAUCCGGAGUUGCACCCUUUGGCCAACUACGACUUUCUGAUCGCCCCAGGGGCCGAGUUUACAUCUGCCUCGGAAAAGACGCAGUCCGUUGAUCCCUUAGAUUCUCAAAUUGAGAGCCAGAUACAAUUGUUAUGGGCUCGAGUACUUGGACUCAGCCCUGAUACUAUUGAGGAGCAUGACGACUUUUUUCAACGCGGUGGCUCGGCCUCCGAUGCAAUACAGCUGAGCCAAAAAAUAUGUGAACGUGGGAUUUUAUUAACCGUGAGAGAUGUUUUUCAAAGGCCACGAUUAACAGACCUGGUCGCUCGAGCUCGCUUGCUUGUCAAUUCAUCCAAUCAUGAACUUGUUCCGCCGUUCUCAAUACUUAAACUGUCCUUGGAUACGCAAAAAGUUCGUACCCAUGCAUCGUACCUCUGCAAUGUCAAGGAAUCCCACGUGUUAGACGUACUUCCAUGUACGCCUUUACAAGAGGGAAUGCUUGCCCUAACUCGCAACAAUUUCAGCGAGUACGUACAACAAUCUAUCUAUAGGAUAGACCGGGACAUUGAUAUCAGGCGGUUCAAGCGGGUUUGGGAUCAAGUGGUAGCGAUGAAUCCUAUCCUACGUACACGGAUUGUCAGUUUACCGAACUACGGGGUUGUCCAAGUUGUCCUUGACGAAGAAGUGCAAUGGAUUUUCGAAUCGACCCUUGACCAAUUCCGACAGCAUGCCACACAUGGAGAGCUUCGUAUGGGGCUUGGUGAGCCUUUGAUUCGGUUUGGUAUAAUCGGUGAAAACUACCAAGAAGCUACCUACUACUUCACAUGGGAAAUGCAUCACGCCCUAUAUGACGGGUGGUCUAUUCCUUUAAUAUUAAGUGACGUCGAACAUGCAUACUACCAAGAAAGCGGGCCCGAGCUAUUAGCCAUGGGGCCAUAUAUCAAAUAUAUUCACAACAUCGACGAAAUUGCUGCUCACCGCUUCUGGGCAGACCAAUUUGCGGGAAUUCGAGGCACUGGGUUUCCAUGGAUAGGUUUGUCAGGCUAUGUAGAUCCAGCCCCAGAUGUCCUAACCACUAUCAUGUCGCACCAUGUGUCUGAACUCGAUUGGGGCCGGAGUGAUUUCACAGCUGCCACAAUUGUCCGUGCUGCUUGGGCAUUAGUACUGGCCAUUCGCGCCGACGCUAAUGAAGCAUUAUUUGGUGUGACAGUAACAGGUCGCCAGGCAGCAGUUCCAGGAAUUGAACAUAUGGCGGGUCCUGCCAUUGCUACGGUCCCCGUUAGGGUAAAGGUGGACUGGAAAGGUAAUGCUUACCAGUUAUUGGAGGCGGUGCAUCGCCAAAUAGCCGAUAUGAUUCCCUUUGAACAAACCGGCUUGCAGAAUAUCCGCCAUAUCAGUGAGGAUGCCGCCACCGCCUGCCGUUUCCGUUCACUUCUUGUCAUUCACAACCAUUCGCCGGAUGAUAGUCAGCGCCCAGGGCGGCCUUUCAUUAACGAACUUACUCGUCCGUCAAUUGGGCCUCGACCAUGUGAUGGCAGAUAUGCGAUCGAUAUUGACUGCAGACUAGCUAGCGAUGGGAUCUACGCAAAGAUGGAAUUUGACACACGCCUCUUCCCUAAUUCGGAAAUGACCUAUGUCAUUGAAGACUUUGAGAAGACUCUACGGUUCUUGGUUGGUAAUGUCAAUGGACGGGAAAGGCUCGCAGACGCAAUUGCAUCAAUAUCCUCGUUUUCUUCGGGGGGUUUAGCCGAUGUGCUGAAGUGGAACGCACAGGUACCCGAUCCUGUUUGCGAAUGUGUUCAUACCAUGAUUGAAAACAAGGCUUUUGAGUGCCCUAAUUUCCUAGCGAUUGAUGCAUGGGAUGGUAGCCUGAAAUAUCAACAGUUACUAGAGAUAUCCUCCAUGUUUACAUUUCAACUUACAGAGAUAGGAAUUAUGGGAGCCAUAGUACCACUAUUGUUUGAGAAGUCACUCUGGAUGCCUGUGGCAGCUCUGGCUGUCGUGAAAGCUGGUGGAAUCUUAGUUGCUCUGGACACAAAGCAACCAUAUGAGCGGUUAGCCCAGAUAGUGUCUCAGACGACUUCACCGGUGUUGGUAUGCUCCGAACAAAAUGCAUCACUGGCCCAGAUGCUUGGGCUUAAGCAAUUUGUAGUCGGAUGGAGCCGUUAUCGUUCAAUUCCCAGUGGUAAGCCGAAAGCCUCAGGAUUACCGGUAAUUCGCCCCGAGAACCUCCUUUACAUAGUCUUCACUUCUGGCAGUACUGGAAUCCCAAAGGGGGUUCGCAUAACCCACCAAAAUCUCUGUACUGCUAUUUCCCACCAACGUGAGGCUCUAGGAUACAAUGAUACAUCACGGGUGGUUGAUUUUGCUUCAUACGCGUUUGAUGUUACUUGGUCCAACAUCUUCUAUUCAUUGACCGCAGGAGCAUGUCUGUGUAUACCCUCCCCAGCCGAACGUGAAAACCACUUGGCCGAAUCUUUACGAAAAUACGAUAUUAAUUUAAUGGACUCUACACCAUCACUUGCUCGGGUCCUAGGAAAAGAUGUUCUAUCAAACUUGACUACGCUGAUUAUUGGGGGAGAGGUGAUAUUACCAAGCGACGCAUUGCUAGCGGGAGAGCAUACCCAGAUUAUCAAUGCGUAUAGCCCAGCAGAGUGUACUCCAACAGCCCUCAUUUCCCCUCUGGAUGCAACAACUGGAGUUAAGAUUGGCCGUGGUUUUGGGGUGGUCACCUGGAUCGUGGAAGAGGACAACCCACAGCAACUAGCCUCAGUUGGCACAGUCGGUGAGCUAUGGCUCGAAGGGCCUCUUGUGGGAGAUGGAUACCUUGAUGAUGCUGAGAAGACUGCAGCCGUUUUUAUUCAAGACCCUGUCUGGCUGGUACAGAAGACCGGACGCCGUGGGCGUGUGUACCGCACUGGCGAUUUAGUCCGAUAUGAAGCAGAUGGAGAUAUUGUUUUUAUAGGCCGAAAAGAUGACCAGGUAAAAAUCCGAGGCCAGCGUGUUGAACUAGGCGAAAUUGAAAGUGUUAUUCGUCGGACUAUUAAGCAACCUGCACUCCAAGUUGUCGUUGAGGCGGUCCAACAGGCUCCCGGAACCAGCAACCUUACACUGGUGGGUUUUCUAGCCCUCCCUAGAUCUCAAGAUAUGGAUGAAGACUCGCAUAAUACUGCAGUGCAGCGAAUAGCUGAGGGGCUUACUGGUCAAUUGGAACAGCUGCUUCCCUCAUACAUGGUUCCUGCUAUGUACUUCCCUCUAUGGGAAAUUCCAAUGGUGACUAAUGGCAAAACGGACCGGAAGCGCCUACGUGCGAUGGGUAGAACCCUGCUCUCGCAAGCUAAGCCAUCUGCUGUUGAGGGUAAAGCAAAGGGCAAAGAAGCGGGCGACAACGACAUAGAGCCAUUGAGUGAAACCCAAACAGUUUUACGGAAUACGUGGAUGUCUGUUCUCAACUUAUCACAACAGGAGGCAUCAAUUGAUGCAACAUUCUCACGGCUUGGGGGUGAUUCUAUAUCAGCUAUGCAAAUUGUUUCUCAGUGUCGAAUGCAUAAUAUUCAUUUAACAGUAAGUGAUAUAUUGCUAUCACGAACAAUCCGGAAUCUAGCAAAGGUUUGCCAGGUGGCGCCCCAAGGCAAUUUAUCAGCUCCGAGACUUGGGGAAGACUCAACAACCCUGUUUGAUCUCUCCCCAAUUCAAUAUAACUUUUUCGAUACCUACCCAGAUGGGCUUAAUCAUUACAAUCAGUUCUUUCUUCUUGAUCUAAAAGACACCGUUUCCGGUUCCUCCAUUGAGGCUGCUAUUCAAGCAAUUGUUUUACGUCAUGAUAUGCUACGAGCACGCUUCGAAAAAGAUCCGGUAACUCAUACCUGGAAGCAAAGAAUUUCCAGGUACAGUACAGAGACAUUUGUGUUUGCAGAACACACGGUGAAGGAUCAUGCUUCUGUUGGUAUUGAAUCUCAGUUUCGACAGGAGAGUAUGGAUAUCCGGAAAGGCCCUGUGUUCGCCUGUGAUUUGUUCCAUCUACCUAAGGGUAACCAAAUGCUCUUAUUGUCUGCCCACCACUUGGUAAUCGAUCUUGUCUCCUGGAGAAUUAUUUGGGCCGAGUUAGAAGAUCACCUUCAAUCUGGCAAGCUACGCUCUCUCCAGACAAUGUCAUUUCAGGCUUGGUGUACACAUCAGGCCCGAAUAGGGAGCACAUUAUCACCACUAGCAGUACUCCCUUACGCAAUCCCCGAGCCUCAGAUGGGCUUUUGGGGUGUCCCCUUGGAGGAAAAUACUUAUAGCCAAUGUAAGUCUGUGGAAGUAUCUUUUUCUUCAGACGUAAGCUCCCUGCUCUUCGGGAAGAGUAAUGAGAGUCUGCAGACUGAGGGUAUCGACCUUAUUCUUGGUGCUCUAUUUCAUGCAUUUAUUCAUACUUUCCCAGAGCGCAGCGCGCCGGCAAUUUGGAUUGAAGGCCAUGGCCGUGAACAGUUUAGUGGGCAGCCGGCAGAUGUCUCUGGUACCGUUGGAUGGUUUACCUCUAUAUAUCCUUUUGCCAUUCCAAUUAACCUUAGUCACUCUCUGAUUCGAGAUGUAGUCCGGCUUGUCAAAGACACGCGACGAAAGGUGCCUGGUAAGGGACAGCAAUUUUGGGCGUGCCGGUACAACAGUGAGUCUGGCCGUCUGGCAUUCAAGGCUUAUGACGCACCUGAACUCGUGCUCAAUUUUACGGGUCGAUUCCAGCAGCUGGAAAAAGAAGAUGGACUGUUCGACCCGUCUUCGCCUUCUGAGUCUAGUGAUUCCCUUCAGACGAUAAGUGAAGUCUCAAAGGCGGCCCAACGGCCUUCAAUUAUUGAUAUAGAGGCUGCCGUGUCUGAUGGUGAAUUAAAGGUUGAAUUCAUCUUCCCUAAAACGAUACAUAAUGAGCGUCUCCAAAAGUGGAUUCACAACUUUUCGCAGGACCUGGAGUUCCUUUCCCACAGUCUUGGUCAGGCUCCAGCCAGAUUCACGUUGAGUGACUUGCCUCUUCUUCCCCUCUCGUACAAUGGCCUGGAUAUCCUCCUUGAACAGGAAAUGCCUCGUAUGGGUCUCAUACCACGACAAAUCCGGGAUAUCUAUCCAUGCUCACCUUUGCAAGAAGGCAUGCUAAUAAGUGCAGCCAAGGGGGUUGCAUCCUAUCACACUCGCACCAUAUGCCGCUGUGUCUCUUCUGGUGAACCUAUUUGCCCUUUACGUCUAGAGUCAGCUUGGAAAGUAGUGGCAAGCAGACAUAUGGUUCUCUCUUCGAUCUUUACCCUUCAUCCCGAGGGUAUUGGUUUUAUCCAACUGGUGCUAGACAAUCCACCAGUGAGAGUGAUUCAGAUGGAAACUGAAAGCAGUGAUAUGGCUACGGUCUUGAAAAAUACAGGACCCCCAUCUUUAUCCUUGAAUGAGCCGCAGCAUUCGUUAACUAUAUGCCAAUCGAAAACGUCAAAUACUGUAUCCUUUAGACUUGACAUGAACCAUACCAUGAACGAUGCUCAAUCUAUGCCAAUCCUCUUAGAAGAGCUCGCAGCUACUUAUGAUGGCUUGGGUCUGCUAGACCCCCCCAGGUUUACAGACAUGAUUAGAUACAUUGGCCAAACCCCAAAGGAAAAGAUUACAGCCACAUGGGCAACCAUCUUAGAUGGAAUCGAGCCUUGCAAUUUCCCUACAUUAUCACCAUCCCUAAGAGGAAUGAUACCCGAAACACUCGAUGAGGUAACUAGUCGCACUCCAUACUCCAAAGCUCACAUCAUGGAGUACUGCAAAAAGUCAAAUAUCCUGUUUUCUGCUUUUCUGCAGGUGGCUUGGGCAAUAACCCUAUCUCACUAUACAGGGAUGAAGGAGGUUUGCUUUAGUUAUCUCACAUCAGGGCGUGAUGCCCCAAUUGACAGAGUAGAAAAAAUGGUUGGUCCGCUAGCUAAUCUUCUUAUAAGCCGGGUUGAUAUGGGAGUGCCGGUCAAGGAGGUCUUGCAGGCUACCUCCAAUAAGUCAGAACAGAAUAUGGCAAUACAGCAUGUGUUUAUAGCGGAAGUCCUCCACCGGCUUGGGCUAUCUGGACAACGACUUUUCAACACGUCUCUCUCAAUUCGGUCUCAUGACAAGGAAGAGGCUCACAAGUACAGCAUUAUGUUCCAAACUUUAGAUGAUGAGGAUGGCCAUGAGUAUGACUUGAGUUUAAACGUCUCAGUAAACAGCAGUGGUUAUACCGAUCUCUUGCUAGAAUACAGACAGCCAUACAUUACCAGGCAGAUGGCUGAAGAAGUCUAUGGGGCCCUUGACCAAGCUAUUGACUAUCUCCUGAGCAUAGAUAUUGACAGUAACAAUGGAGAAUGCGACUUUCAGGGGGGCAGUACGAUCAAGAGCAAUUACCAAUCUGCCAAAUCAGCACCUCUCUUUGACCAGAUAUUUGUGCGGAAAUACGGUGUUGAACGGUCUGCCGCAGACGCCUUUUGGAAGAGCGAAUUUUCUAACAGUCAUGGUAUACACUUUCCCGAACUUAAGCAGAUGGUAGCUGCUGAGAUUAAACACGAUGAGGAAGUACAUCUAUCUCUGAAAAGACUUGACCUCACUGCAGGGAAUGUCUCUGCAGAGGCCAUAGUCGAGGCAGCAUGGGCCAUCUUGACCGCUCACAUCUCAAAUUCUGAUGAAAGCCUGUUUGGGAUAGCUAGCCUGCAUGACAAAGGGAUUGGAAACAUACUGCCUGCUCGCAUUGCGCUUAAUUGGGACGACAGCGUUACUAAGUUCCUCUCGGGAAUCCAGCAGAAAAUUCGGAGCAUGGCGCCCUUCCGGCGUAUGCAGUUGGAACAUAUUUCUACCCUGUCAGAUGAAGCCGAAACUGCCUGCAAUUUCCAAACUGUGAUAUCAGUUGACCUCUGCAGAACAGGAUGGAAUGGAAAUCAUGAAAUGGCUAGCAUCACUGACGGUGACGCGAGAAGAAGAGUCUAUAAGGGAGGUAACCGUGCAAUGAUAGUCAAAGUCUGCGAAGGAGAAAGCCAUGACAUAGAGAUUUCUAUGAGAUUUGAUUCCCGCAUUGUCAGCAUAAACCGAGCCCUCCGUCUCAUCCACAGUCUGGAGCACACGAUCGAACAAUUACUUGACAUGAAUCUGCGCGAGGACAAGCUGCGUAGCAUGACUGUGGCAAGCCAGCGAGAUUUGAAUGAUAUUUGGACCUGGAAUGCCGAGUUACCGGCCCCAAUUGAUGGCGUGAUACCCGAUUUCAUUCUUGAGAGAGUCCUUCAACAGCCACACUUUUCAGCUGUCAACGCAUGGGAUGGAGAUUUGAGAUAUGGUGAACUGCACGAAUUGUCGUCUAAGCUUGCGCACCAGCUGCUUGCCAAAGGGGCUGGUAGAGGAAGCAUUAUUCCCCUUUGUUUCGAAAAAUCCAAGUGGAUGCCAGUUGCAGCGCUUGCUGUCAUGAAAAUUGGAGCAGCGUCUGUUGCUAUCAACACCUCUUUCCCCGACCAAAGGCUUCGGUCGAUUAUAGGUCAGGUCUUUACAAGCUCAAGAUCCAGGCUUAUAAUAUCAUCUGCCUCGAACAAAUCCCAGUUUGAACGCCUGGGUGAGUGUGCAGUACAUGUGGUAGGGGACGAUCUAUUUCUGCCUAUUGAUGCCGAGGGGAUGCAAAAGGAGUGGUGGUUACCCAUCGGAAAUUUUGCCAGUGCGAUUGCUUACCAGGGAGAAUUUCUCGGCUUUAGUGGUAAACCAAGGGGCUCUGACUACAGGCGGGUGCCUCUGUAUUCCUUCCCAAGAGGACUUGAGAAUGAUCUUGGGGGCUGCCUGGAGAAAUACCGGGCGACCGUCGUCGACCUGACGCCGUCGGUAGCUCGGAUUGUCGAACCCAGAAGCGCCUUUUCCCGAUUAUCUACUUUGAUUUUGGGUGGUGAAGCUAUUUUACCCAGCGAUCUUGACCUGAUUGGCGAUGAAACGCAGUUGGCAUUGGCCUACGGCCCGGCCGAAUGCACACCCACCAGCACUAUCUUAUAUGGGCCUAAGCGCCUGGAGGGAGGGGAGAUUGGUCGGGGAGUUGGUGUGUGUACAUGGAUUGUCGACCUAGAAAACCCAGAUGCGCUGGCUGCAGUUGGUGCCCCCGGUGAGCUUUGGAUCGAAGGGCCGCUGGUUGGUGAAGGGUACCUCAACGAUCCCGAAAAGACGUCUGGAGCCUUCAUCAGCGAUCCCGUAUGGCUUCAACAUGGCUCUCCAGACGGUAGACAUCCAGGCCGUCGUGGGCGGCUCUACCGCACCGGAGAUCUAGUCCAAUACCAGGAAGACGGCUCUCUUCUCUUCCUCAGUCGCCGAGACACGCAGAUCAAGAUCAGGGGUCAGCGUGUCGAGCUGGGGGACCUUGAACAUCACAUUGGCUCAACUGCGGUCAAAUUUAUGCAAGAGUGCGGUACCCUGGGAGAAAACGGGAUUGUGCAGGUUGUGGCCGAACUGGUUGAGCUUUCUGGCAUCGCGGACAAGACUCUUACGGCCUUUAUAGCCGUGGAUGGCAUCAGCAGCAGCGCUCCAGAGAAUGAAUACGACCGUGUGGUCCAGCAGAUGAUAAGUGGUGUUCGGAAGCGGAUCGAAGAUCUACUUCCCCGGUACAUGCUUCCGUCAACUUAUAUACCCGUCAAACGCAUCCCCAUUGCAGCAACGGGCAAGGCAGAUCGACGGGAGUUACGCCGUAUGGCUGCAUCCCUCUCAAUGCAGGAAGUUGAAGCCCUGAGCCAGUCCCUGGCCGAGGAGCGAGCGCCACCGCAAACAGAGAGGGAGUGUGUGAUGCAGGGUCUCUGGGCCGAAGUGCUGAAGAUCGACGACCAGGAUCGUAUCGGUGCAAACGACAGCUUCUUCCGCCUCGGCGGCGACUCUAUUGCAGCGAUGAAGGCUGUAGCAUUAGCACGGCGUAGGGGGCUCGAGUUCAGCGUGAGAGACGUCUUCCAGCACCCAGUCCUCCGCGACCUGUGUCUCCGGUGUCAUGAUCUGGCAGUCUAG